CGUCCUCGGGCACCCUGCAAGAAGUACGACUCAGAACAAUCCUAUUGGAUUUGGUACCACCGAACGGAUCUUGGUGAAGCUUGGGAUGAGAUAGAACAAAAGUUCGAUCUCCAAUUUGGUGAAAGCAGGAAAAAGGGUGGGCUCCAGUGCAAGUUUUAUCGGGUGCUCGAGACACACGGUGUAGAGAAGGUGAGAGCACAAACCAGGUCGGCGCACAAGAGGCUUGGGUUCAAAGUUGGCAAAUUUGGCGUGGUGCAGAGAACCACCAAGCGGUAUACUUGGAUGUAA